AUCGAUCGCCCGGUCGGUGCCAUGGCUCUGAGCCAGAGCGCGCAGCUCGGCCUCGCCACCGCGCUGUUCGGCGUGCUCUCCUUCGUCCUCGCCGUCCUCGCCGAGCUCAACAAGCCGCCGUACGGGACGCCGAUCCAGCAGGGCGGGGGCGUGGUGGUCUGCCGGUUCCCGCGCGACCCGACGGUGGCGCUGGGGACGCUGUCCGCGCUCGCCGCGGCGUGCAGCGCGGCGCUGGGCGCGCUCGCCGUCUUCUUCCCCUACGGCGGCAGGCACGUCCCGCGGAAGGUGCUCCUCGCCCACACCCCGCUCUACGUCUUCCUCCACGUCGCCGUAGGCGUCACGGUGGCCGGGGUGGGCACGACGGUGUGGGCGACGGCGGCCGAGGCUGCGCUCCACGCCCGGAACGUGCACCGGGACCCGGCGUACGCCUGCCCGACGGCCGAGACCGGGGUGCUCGGCGGCGCGGCGUUCCUCAACCUGGACGCCAUGCUCUUCUGGAUCGUGUGCCUCAUGCUCGUCGGCAACGUCAGGACGGACUACUUCGAGGACCACGGCGGGGAUGGCGCGGGGGUCGAGGAGAAGUGACUCUCAUCUUAUCAUCCGUGGCUC